GUCGGGUCGGGCCGGGCGCCGGGCGCAGGGCGACGGGCGGGCGCUAGGCGCCGGGCGGCAGUGCACAGUGACUUGCCGCAAGGGAUGAAGCGCGGACCACUACAUAAGUGUAAGUUUUGUUUAACAUAAAUUUAAGUUCGAAAAAUAUUAUCAAAUUCAAUAGUUAAGUUAUAUUUUAACAACGUGCCAAAAGCGAGGAUAAUUGAUUUAGAAGUGGGCACGGAGCAUGUCUAUCAGCGGGUGACACACAGGGCGCUAACAUGAAGCCGGCACAGAAAUGCAACAGCUUGUCCAAAGCUAAAAGAAAGAAGCUAGUGACUCGGUCGACGCUAGGGAUCGCCCUGACGUCGCUGGCUGUCACCGCGCUCCUUGUUGAUCCUGUCGUACUUAUCGCCAAAUUGCAACUGAAAGUGGCGCCCGGUUCAGAGAUGUACAAAAUGCUGACGUCAGAGAUAGCUGGUGCGUACGUGUCGGCCUACCUGUUCAACAUCAGCAAUGCAGAGGAGUUCCUCAGCGGCGCCGACAGCCGCCUCAAGGUGCACGAGGUCGGGCCCUUCACCUACCAAGAGAAGCGCUACAACACGCACUUUGAGGUGGACAGCGAGGCGCGUGUGCUCCGCUACCGACCUUUCGUCAACACCACCUUCCUGCCGGAGAUGUCGGUAGCGGACCCUGCAGACGUCAAUGUGACCGUCGGGAACACCGCGCUGCUGGCAAUAGCAACAGCGAUAUCUUCUCACCCAUUCUGGAGUCAGCUCGGGCUGAAUCUGCUGACGCGGCGGUUCGGGUCCCGCGCUGUGGUGACGCUGUCGGCGCAGGACCUGCUGUGGGGCUACCACGAGCCGCUGCUCGCCUUCGGACACACUCUCAUGCCAGGAUGGAUUAACUUCGAAAGAUUAGGUCUGCUGGACAGGCUAUACGACAACACACGCGAGUACCAGCUGGAACUGAGCCUAGAGGAUCAGACCAAGUUCCAGGUGCGCCGUGUCAAUGGUCGUGCCGGACUCACCGCCUGGAGCUACAACGACGCCAACAAACGUUCCCGCUGCAACACGUUCGAAGACACGUACGAGGGGUUCUCGUACCCGGCGGGGCUGACUCCGGAGCGGCCCAUCCGGUUGUACCGCAAUGUGUUCUGCCGCAUGCUGGAAGUCGAUUUCUCUGGCACCAGCACCCUGGACUAUGGGCCCGAGGUCUACGUGUACAAGCUCAGCAACCGCACCUUCACCAGAAACCCAGACACCGAGUGCCUCUGUAGCGGCCUCGGCUGCAAAGACGGACUAUCUGAUCUGUCACCGUGCUUCUACAAUUUGCCGGUGAUGAUGUCCAAUGCUCACUUUUACGGUGCGCCGGCUGCGGUGUAUGACCGCAUCGAUGGCAUCGCGCCCGACGAGCGCAAACAUGGCGGCGUCUUCGCCAUUGACCAGAAACUGGGCUCCGCGCUGCAGACGUCGAUGACGUUCCAGCUAAACGUGCCCGUGGGAGACGUUGCCUAUAACAAGGAGGCACGCGCCUUCGCCAACAUCACCGUGCCCAUCGCUUAUUUUGUAGUGACGCAACCCGAGGUGCCAGAAAACGUGAAGACGAUAUUCUGGCUGGUGUACGUCGUGGGCCCGUACGCGGUGGGCGCGCUGGCGGCGGCGCUGGGCGCGGUGGGACUGGCCCUGCUGGCGGCGGCCGCGCGGCUGCUGUGCGCGACGCCGCCGCCGCUCAGCAAGCAGGCCAUAGCGCAUGCGCUGCACUGCGAGCUACCACUCAUCAAACACGCACACAAACAGACAAGCCUCAGUGACCAUGUAUAACAGUGACAGACUAGUUGGGGUCCGUGAAAUAGUGAUAAUUAACGCUUUAAUAAAGUUUAUUAUAGACGAGUACUUAGCCGUGUAUUGCGCGCGCAUUCAUGUUUAAUAGUUCUCAAUUCGUCUGUACAAUUUUUCAUGCAAAAUAGUGAGUUCCAAAGAAUGUUUUGAAAAGUCGGUCGGAAAUAAAUUUCUUCUGAUUCCGAGAUUCCGUCCUAAUAUAAGUGCGGAGUGUAACGUUAAGUAGUAAUAAUUGUUUUUAUUAUUAGUAGUAUGAUACAGGGUGAUAUGCUUAUUAUAAGACUUGUCAUGUGAAUUAAACUGAGAUUAACAUUAA